GCAGUUGUCUUCGGCGCUGUACAAAACUUAAUAAUGGAAUAAAUUAAAACUCUCGGGAGCGUUUAGUGAAAUUUUUAAAAAGGUCGAAAGAGGUCGCGCUGUUUGAGUGCGGCGCCUCUUCUAAUAACCGGAUGUUGUCUUCUUCUGAUAUCCUCCGGUGCUACAGGCAUUUUUGUCCCCAAAAUGGCGAACGUUGCUGCCGCUACUGUGGCUGCUGCGGCCGCAGCUGCCGCCGCGAACAGAGAUCCAGCCGUCGAUCGGUCUUUACGAUCAGUGUUCGUUGGAAACAUUCCAUAUGAAGCCACAGAAGAGCAGUUGAAAGACAUAUUUUCUGAAGUCGGACUUGUUGUCAGCUUCAGGUUAGUUUAUGACAGGGAGACAGGAAAGCCAAAGGGAUAUGGCUUCUGUGAGUACCAGGACCAGGAGACGGCCCUCAGCGCUAUGAGGAACUUGAAUGGGAGAGAGUUUAGUGGUCGGGCUCUCAGAGUCGACAAUGCAGCUAGUGAAAAAAACAAGGAAGAGCUCAAAAGUCUGGGAACAGGAGCCCCUAUUAUCGAAUCUCCAUAUGGAGACAGCGUUUCACCAGAGGAGGCUCCAGAGUCCAUCAGCAGAGCUGUGGCAAGUCUUCCACCUGAGCAGAUGUUUGAAUUGAUGAAACAGAUGAAGCUGUGUGUACAAAACAGUCCCCAGGAGGCGAGAAACAUGUUGCUGCAGAAUCCGCAGUUGGCCUACGCUCUGCUGCAGGCACAGGUCGUUAUGAGGAUUGUUGACCCCGAGAUCGCUUUGAAAAUGUUGCAUCGUCAAACACCAGUUCAGCCCCUGGUCCCCAGCGGUCAGGUUGGAGGAGCACCUCCAGUCAAUCCUCCGGCACAGCCCAAUGUUCAAGUCUCACAGUCACAGCCUGUGCCUGUCAUGCACAUCAAUGGAGCACCUCAGAUGAUGCAGCCCUCCAACAUGGGCGUUGUCCCUGGACCAAUGCCUCAACCAGGUCCUGGACCCGGACCUGGACCAGGACCAGUUGGGCCUCCAGGAAACCUACAGAAUUCCCCCACAGGAUCAGCUGGACCCGCUGCUAUCGAGCGGCCUCAAGGACCGGGCGGUAUCCCACCUAGAGGGCUGCUGGGUGACGGUCCCAAUGAUCCCAGAGGAGGAACUCUGUUGUCUGUCACCGGAGAGGUUAUCGACCCCAGCCGGGCCUACAUGGCUGCUCCACCACCUCACCAAGCCCCAUCCAUACAUAUACCACAGAUGGGAGGUGGACCACCACCAGAAAUGAGAGGGCCUCCAAUGCCUGAACCACGAACUAUGAUGGUGGACCCACGAGGUCCUCCGAUGAUGGAGCCACGGGGGCCGCCGAUGGAACCUAGAGGCCGUGAUCCGAGGGCAAUGGAUGCUCGCGGGCCUGUGACUGGUCAGAGGGUUGCCAUUGUGCCUGGAAUGCAGGGCCCUGUUCCACAUGCGAUGGGUCAGAAUGCUCCUCCGCCUGCAAGACCGGGUCCAGGUAUUUCUGGGGUGCCCCCAUCAGGAGGCAGCUUCAGUCCAGGCCAGAGUCAGGUCUCCACUCAGGAUCAGGAGAAGGCUGCCCUGAUCAUGCAGGUCCUGCAGCUGACCCCAGAACAGAUCGCCAUGCUCCCCCCGGAGCAGCGACAGAGCAUCCUCAUCCUCAAAGAGCAGAUUCAGAAAACCGCCUCGGGUGCGCCAUGAUUCUCCAAGAAGGCAGAGGUGGAGAUUCUCUUCACUGUUCUACCUGCAACAGUUUAAAGCAGGAAGAUGUUUUCUGAUUUAAAUGUUUUCUGUCAUUCCUGUUGCGGGAUCUGCUGUCCCUUCCUGAUGCACCUGCUGAAACAGGCCAGAAGAUCACCUAUCUUGGAUUAUUGUAGUUUUAUUUAGUCUGUGUUGUGUGAAGAGUGUAGGAUUGAUCCAAAUGACCUUUACAAAGAUGGUUAAAGCGGUCAGGGGCAAAGGUUUUCUCUUUCUAUAAAGCAAACUGUUGUAAACUCUCUGGAAACUGUUUUUUUUUUUAAUAAAACAAAUAAAUUUA